GCCACUGGGCGACGGGGAGACGGCGAGCUGCAGCGCUGUGACCGGACCCGAGCCGAGCCGAGACGAGCCGAAUGAGAGCUUCAGACGAACAGCCUGUUUAAAGGAAAAGCGCGGAGAUUAAAACAAAGGACAGCCUUCAGACAAAGGCUUCACUCACUAUGGAAACACUCGUCGAGCGACUGGAACAGGCUGUGAUUCGGCUCGAAGCGUUUUCAGCCAAGAUUCAGGGUCGCUCUGGGAGCUUGUCCAAUGGGGAGAUCAACGGAUUUAAUGGUGAAUCCCACUGCAUGGACGCGUUUGACCGUUUAAUAAGAGGCCCGCUGUCUGAGUACUUGAAGAACAGCCGUACUAUUGGAGGAGAUGUGGCAAAGCAUGCUGAGAUGGUGCACCAUGCUCUGCAGAUCCAGAAGACUUUUCUCUCAAUGGCCAACACACAUCAGCAGCCUGGGCAGCCCGAGCUGGCGGAUCUCCUCAGGCCCAUCUCAGAGCAGAUCGAGGAGAUCCAGAACUUCAGAGAGAAGAACCGCGGCAGCCGUCUGUUCAACCACCUGUCUGCUGUCAGCGAGAGCAUUCCUGCCCUGGGAUGGGUGGCAGUGAAUCAGAAACCAGGACCCUAUGUGAAGGAGAUGAACGAUGCUGCUAUGUUCUACACUAACAGAGUGCUAAAAGAUUACAAAGACACUGACCCGUGCCAUGUGGAAUGGGUUCGAUCCUACCUGAGUAUCUGGACUGAACUGCAGGCUUUUAUUAAACAGCACCACACCACUGGACUCGUCUGGAGCAAAACUGGUCCUAUAGCACAUUCGUCCCUGUCCGUGGCUGAAGCUGCUACUCCCUGCCCUCCACCUCCACCUCCCGCUCCGCCUGCGUUCACAGACGAAGGUCCAAAGCCUGACAGCGGUGCAGCUCAGCGUUCAGCUCUGUUCGCCCAGCUCAACCAGGGAGAGGCCAUAACUAAAGGGUUGAAGCAUGUGUGCGAUGAGCAGAAGACCCACAAGAACCCUGGUCUUCGCUCUCAGGGUGGGACAGGCCAGACGUCUCCUACAAAAGCCAGAGCCCCGAGUUUCUCUACUCAAACCUCAGCCAAGAAAAGAUCUCCUGUAUUGGAACUGGAGGGGAAGAAGUGGAGGGUGGAGCACCAGGAACAGGUGCAUGAUCUGGUAAUAGAUGAAACGGAGCUGAAACAGGUGGUCUACAUCUUCAACUGCAACAAUUCUACCCUUCAGAUUAAAGGCAAAGUCAACUCCAUUAUAGUGGACAACUGCAAGAAGCUGGGCCUUGUGUUUGAGAAUGUGGUUGGCAUCUUUGAAAUCAUCAACUCCAGAGACAUCAAGCUCCAGGUUUUGGGAAAAGUGCCCACCAUUUCCAUUAAUAAGACAGAGGGAUGUCACGUCUACCUAAGUAAGGAAUCUCUUGACUGUGAGAUUAUCAGUGCCAAGAGUUCAGAAAUGAACAUUCUGGUUCCUCAGGAAGAUGAUGAUUAUAGAGAGUUUCCUGUGCCAGAGCAGUUUAAGACCAUUUGGGACGGGUCCAAGCUGGUGACGGAGCCGACUGAGAUCGCUGGCUGAUUGACAGAUUCGUUUUCAUUUCCUGUUUUCUGCUGGUAUCUCUUUCUGCACUCUCAGCAGACAACCUUUUAGACACAGAGUCAUCAUGUAUCUGAAUUACAUUUAGGGACAAUUCUGCAUUUUAAAAAAUGGCUGUUUAGUGUGAGAAUAGGAAAAAUAGGAAAAAUUAAAUAAAUAAAAAUUCAGUAACAUCCAGGAUUAAGGUUCAGAUUUACCCACAAUAAAUAAAAAAAUGGUUGUUGUUUAUUUGUUUAAUUUUUUUCAAAUAUUUGUAAUAAAAAAAUUAUUAAACCUGCGUCUUCCCAAGAAGAGAUCUAUUUGGAUUAUUUUAAAAAUGAAGAAAAUCUGUUUGUUCAAAGGCAUGCAAGUACAGAGCCCCUAAAGGGACUUAAAAAAUACAUAAAAGAAAAAAGCGGUACUGCUGUACCUCUGCAUUACGAAUUUUCACCUUAAGAACUGAAAUUCGGCAUACGAGCGAUGGAACCGAGCCAAUCCGAAUGCCAGCUAAGUUGCUCGUACGUCCCGGAGCUGUUCAAAACUUUUUGAACUUAAACUUUUUGUGUCAGUAAAAAACAGAAACUGAAAACAGUUGUAGGUUUUUUUUGGAUUUUGUGCAAAAUUUAGUGAAGACGUAUCACCAUGGGGUCCCAAGAAUGUUAGCAAGGACGGUAGCAAGAAGAAAGGGGAGCCGCUUUCAGUUUGGUUUUUAAAGCAGCCGGUGCCAAGAGAAAUCAAAUAAAAAUUAAGUGAGAUUUAAUGUAUAUUUAUUUCAUAUUUUACUUAAUUCGCAUAUCUUUUCUUAAUGUUUUGAUUGCUUUUACACUAUAUGUACAAAUAUGAUUAUAGCGUUGGAAAUCGGUAAUAUUGGUAAUAUUUUUGUGUGGCUUGAACAGAUUAUCUGCAUUUACGUACAUUCUUUCCUAUGGGAAAAUUUCACCUUAAGAACUCGCCUAUGGAACGGAAUAAAUUCAUAUGCAGAGGUAUCGCUGUUCAGAUCUCAAAAACCUUAGUGACUCAUACUGCUGGGUCAAUCGCUAGACAACGGUUAACUACAAGAGCAAAAUAAUCAUCAUUAACAACGCGAUAGUCUUCGGCCCUCCCGACUGAAUGGUAGUAGUAGGUUUAAUGUGGGAGCCCCCUAGUGACCGGGAGGAAUUGGACACGACUAAAUUAGGGAGAAAAUCUGGUGGGAAAAAAAACAAAAAUAAAUAAUUGUGUUUUAUACCUAAAAUGAUCAAAUAUUUUAAAAUUACUAACUAUUAGUUGAAAAGCGAUAGAUAAACCAUGCUAAAUGUCAUAAAAAAACACAACACUUUCCAAACAAGUUCUUCCUUCAUGCUUUAGGUUUCUAACCAAUUACAGAUGCAUUGUUAUUUAUAAAUCACUUAACAAUACAUGAAUGUGCUGUGUGACACUGUGAUUUAAUAUUCAACAAAUAUUGUCCUAAACUGUACAAAGAAACAAGAAUUUUAAGCCGCACCUUAGUGAUAAACAUUUCUAAGCAUUAAUUAGUGAGAUCCAGUUCUUGCACUUGCAGAAGGCGAGAUUAUGCAACCUUAUGCAAGUGGCUUGCCAACUUCUUAUUUCCUUUAAUUUGUGAUUUGUAGUUUAAUUUACAAUGAAAUGAACGCUGAUCUGGAUAUUCUCACACUUUUUUUUCUGUUAUGUCACCAAUCAGAUUUCCCCCCCCGCCCAUGUCCCUUAAGGAGCUCAGUACUUGUGAAUCUCAUACGUUUGUACUAUGCAUUUACUGUCUUUGUGUCCAACUAACUUUAAACCUAAUUUCUGUUUUAAGAAGAAGCUUGAGAUUUUAAAUAGUGUUUCUUUUUUUCUUUUCUUUUUUUUUUUUUACUGAGAUUAAGACCAGGACUUAGACUAGUGAACAAGAUUCAUAAGACUGAAAAUAAAACUUGGUGAAUGUGAGAAACUGACACUGAAUGUGCAGACAAAUGUGUGCCUCAAGGAUAAUUUUUUAUAUCUUUUUUUCUGUUUUUAAGGUAGCAAUUUUGUUAUGUAUAACCUACCAUGUAUUUGGUUUACUUGUAGGCAUCAGCCAGCACUGUGUGUUUCAUAGCAACGUAUACGGUCAACCUGUGCCAUCAUGAUCAUACACUGAUAUACUGUAUCAUAUAACCACCAUGUCAUAACCAACACUAUAUAGACUGCACUGUAUACAAACAUAGAAUAGAAGAAACCUCAGUUGCUCAGCUCACUAAAGAUAUUCUUUGUUGAUAUAUUCAUAACGUAACCACAUGUUAUCUUGCUAUAUGAAGUUUAUUAUGUAAGAUGUCUACGGGGUCAACCCUUAUUUCUUUGGUUGACACUUUUAUCCAGUGUGACCUAUAAAAGCCCAGUUGAAGUUAAAGGCACAACAGAAGAUUUUGAGCAAUCUGGGAUUUAAACUCAUUAAGGGUCACAAAGUGACAUGAACUACCUAACCUCAAGGAUUCCAAAGGACAAGUUUGGAAAAGUUCCUCGUUUCUAAUAUGCCCGUUCGAAGAAAUCUAAAGCUACAGUAUUUUUAAAUAAUUAUAUUUUUCUCUGUCACUAAUGGCCAUUCCAGGUUUGUCUUGAAUUGUAUUCGAAAACCUGCAAAUACUUUUUAAGGGGAUUAUUUUCAACCCAGCCGUUUUAAUUAUAAACCACUGAUACACUGUGUACAGCAGACUUUCAUAAAAAGACGUAAAUGUACCCAGGAGAUAUGUUAAAAAAUAAAAAUGUCUGGGAAAGCAUUUUGUAGACUUCACUAAUGUGAAUGUAGAAUUCUUUCACUUGUGAAUUACUGAACUUGUAGUUCUAACUUUUGCUGCUCGAAUUGAAAAAGGAAAAUCCAUUUGUCAAAACUGAGCUUUUUUGGUUAUAUAUAAGAACAAAUCUAAAUCUGUUUGAUGUUAUAAUCAGCAUCCGGAGUAACUCUGAUAUUUCAAAGGAAGAACAAUGUGUAUCUUCACACUAGUCCUGCAAUUAAAACAUAUUAGCUCUCUGAA